GUGCUCUUUAAAUAACCACAUAAACCGCGCCUCUGUGGUUCAAACCUAUACUAUAUACAACACAUCGAAUUUAUUCGUAAUAAAUCCAAGCUUGAAAUAAAACUGAUCGAUCAAGUACAAAAAAUUAUUAUUGGAUGAGAAUUAAAAGCUUAAAAAAAUCACGGAUUGCAUAUACAAAUUUUGGUGAUAUGAAUUAUCAAUGUCAGCCAUUUGAGCAUCAUUUGAUGACUCGAUUGGAUCAUUUGCCUUAUAAAGUUAAUAAUUUACGUAUUCCAGUUUAUUGCAAUUGCAUAGAUGAUAGUAUUCAUACUGAUAGCAAUACAAUUAGGGCUUUUAGUUUGUUGUGGUCUCAAACAAGUGAUAAAAUGGUAGCAACUGGUGCAAGACUUGUUGCAAAAGAUCGAAUGAUUCAUAUUCAACUUCGAGAAGGUAAACUUUUGCCAUUUGGAGAAAUUGAUAAAGCAACUGAGAGAUGGGUACCACUUCCAGUCUUUGAAUAUAGUCAGAAUUUUCCUAGUGUAGCAAUUGAUUCAAAUGGCAGACGAUAUUCAUUGAAUGAAAAUAUUGAUUUUGUAUCGAUACAUCAUUUGUAUGCGAGAUCAAUAUGUCUACAAAAAUUGACUUUUGACCAAGAGCAUUUAUUGACUGGUGUGAGAUUUAAUUAUGAGUAUCUUGGUGAAGGCUUGGAAGGACGUUUUAAACUUGAAGCAAAAUAUGUUGGUUUUAAUUAUCAACAUGGUAACAUGACAAGUGAAACAAAAUACAAAGAACAAUCAUGCAAACAAUUACGUGAAUUGAUUUUAAAUAAUCCUGAUGAUCCACUUAAAUUUGAUACACAUCCAAGUGAUUCUAAGGAAAAUCAGUUUAUUAAAAUUGGAGCAACAGACUUGACUAAGGAUGCAUCACAAACAACUAUUCCAUUUUUUGAUAUUUUAGAAAUUUCACCUCAAAUAAGUGUACCAAUUACGGGGAUUGAGCUAUUUCACAAGGGACAAUUUGAUGGUACAUCUGGUGGAUAUAUUUCUUUAAAAGUUCAUCCAGUGAAUUUAACUAUGUACAUAUGAAUCCACCAUUAGCUCUUGAAAUUUCUAUAACAUUGGCAACGACAAAAUAAAAGACUUAUUUCUAUCUGAUGGGUGUUUUAAAAUGUACGUUUAUUAAAAGGUGUUUAUCAAGUAAUAUAGAUAUUGCAAUAUGUUAACUUGACAUGACACAGGAGCAAUAGAUUUGUGUUUUAAUAUUUUUUUUAAUUUUCCUAUAUAUAAAAUUGCAUGUGGUGCAAGUGAGGUUUUGCUUGAUGCCUGAUGACACAGUGCAUUGUACCAAUACUUGUUUCGUCAAUUUUUCAUCAAAGUCAAUCUGACAUUUUACUCAUUUGUCCAGAGAUAAACAUCAACAUUAAAUACACAAUAACAAAUACAUCAUACAUAUCAUUGUCUUACUAACAAAAGGGACUAACCACUAAAAAAUAUUGAAAUAAAAAUUUCAAAAAAAAACCCAUCAACAACUUCAUGUGGCAUUACGUUAUUUUAGCUAUUUUAAACAUGAAAAAAAAUUAAUAUUAAAAGCUCCUAAUUUGUAGAAUCAAUGUAAGAAAAAUUCAACUCUAUGGAUAUACUUUUUUUAUCAUUUAAAAAAUUUAUAAUUAAUUAUAACAUAAAAACCCAAUAAUAAAUACGUAAAGUUAUAUAAAAAUAAACAAAAUCAAAUUCACACCCUUUUUAUCAUAAAACCUGUUCAAUUAUUAUUUUGUCUUAAUCUUUCUAGCUUUUUCAAAUCAUCCCUUAAUUAAAAAUAAAAUAUAAUUAUGUACGUUUGUUGGGUCUCCAUGAUCAUUAUCAUUAUCAUCACAA